UGUAUGCAAAAUAUCAAAACAGCACAACGGUUUGAGAAAGAACCUGCCAAGUAAUCUUUACUUGCCUAAUUGAUUUAUCGUCAAUAAAAAAAAAACUUCGUUACCCGCAUGCUAUAUAACCCCGUGCGCAUUGUGUUUGCUCACAACAGGACCGAAGCGAAGGCACAGCACGCGCUCGGAACAGAGAAGUGGAGACUAGAAGUGGCUGCAUCGGACUAUAUACAUCAUUUUUGCGCACGCUUCAGUUGCCUGUAUGGAGAGGACAUCCCUCCCUCAGGUGUAACUCUGAGCUCUGACUGAAGUUGCGGAAACAAUUUAAGACAAUAUUUAGGCGUAUCUGAAUUAUUGUUUUUUUUGUUUUGUUUUUUACAAUUUACCAUAAAUAAUUUCACGUGUUUUCUCUGAGAAGAAGACUCGUUUAAAGCUGAACAGUUGUGCGCAACAGCUUGCUGCAUCAUGAAAUUACUUCUACCACUUGUGAUAGCUUUUCUUGCUAUUGCCCAAAUUUUUUGUGAGGAAGUUGGUCCUAAAGAAGAUCUUGAUUACUGGACGAACAGCAAUCAAAUUGAGGACAAUUGGCUUUCAACUGACCCGUUCAGAGAGAUACUGCGGAGAAUGACCAGGAAACCUCGGCCCCACCAAUUCUUCGGGCUGAUGGGGAAACGUUCCUCGGCAAAUGCACAGAUAACCCGCAAACGGCAUAAACUGAACUCCUUUGUGGGACUGAUGGGGAAAAGGAGCCAGGAGGAACCUGAUUCUUAUGAGUGGAACACAAUACAGAACUUGGACAAUCGUCGCUGACCAGUUCAUGGAAGUUGGUGUGCUUCUCAUCCAGUCUUUACUCAAAAGUGAAAAUGGGGUUCCUUGAUGCUGUUUUUUUUCCUCCAAAAUAUGUAUAGUUGGUUAAAAAUUGUAAGUCAAAUAAAAAAAAAUGUUUUCACAUCGUGGUGAUGUAGCAGUACUAUACCUGUGCCGAUUUGAUUUGUCCAGACGAAGGGAAGGGGGGCAUGAGUUCAAUCUGAUACCGACCCUGAGCAGAAGUAUGUUUAUUAGAUGUCAAUUAGCAUAAUUUGCCAUUUCACAGAGAAACUACUAUUGUUGUGGACCAUCAAAGCAAAGCUCUAUCGCAGGGUGUGUUGAAAAUUGCACUGCCAAUUUCACUGUAUUGUGCCUCAUAAUUGUUUAAUCAUUACCGAUUGUUCUGUAAAUACACACAAUCUGAAACAGACCGACUCUACUGUCAGGGCAUGUUCUCAUUUCAAUUCCGAGUGACUUUAAAUCUACUGUCAUGUUUUAAACCAAGAUGUAUGGUGUGAUAUGACAGAAUACUUGUGUGUGAUAGUGGCUUGAUAUAUUAAAAUUAUUUUCUUUA